UUUAUACUGGGUGAGUCAGGACUGUGCCUGAGUCCAGCCAGGCACUGUGGAACUGGAACCCAGGAGCAAAGGACAUACCCUUGGAUAGGAGGCUCUGGCCUGCAGCAGCUUGUUUACUGCAAGGAUCAGCCUUCUCCUGGGCGUCCCUGGUGAUGGACUGCUCCUUCCCCUUCAGCCCUGCCACACGGCACUCACUGCAGCUGGACCAGGAGCAGUGGGAUCACUCGAAGCGCUCUCAGCAUGCAAGGCCCUGGUGCCACCGUGGUGGGCACAGCCUGAGCAGUGUGGGCCAGGGAUGCCAGGACAGCCGCUUGGAGCCACUGGAGUGUCGGGACCUGCUGGUCCAGAAUGCACUCUUCACUGGGGACCUGGAGAUGGUGCAGAAGUUCUUCCCCAAGAAUGCAGCCAUCAACCUCAUCAUUGAGGCCAGGGGCAAUGAGCUGCGCUGGACUAGCAGGAAGCGUGGGAUCUGGUCGCUGAGCUACGAGCAGGAGCUGACCACACCGCUGCACAUCACGGCCAGCCGGGGCUACACCGCCUGCCUGCGGCUGCUGCUGCUGCGCGGCGCUGCCGUCGACUUCGCUCCCGGGGGCCGCACGGCUUUGCACGAAGCCUGCAGCGCCGCCAGCGCCGACUGCCUGCGGCUGCUGCUCGCUUUCGGCGCCAACCCUCAGGCCGUCUCGGAGGAUGGAUACCAGCCCCUGCACCUCUGCAGGAGUCCAGACUCCAUCGAGUGUGUCCAGCAGCUGCUGCAGCACGGUGCCUGUGUGAACAGCCGCAGCGAGGAGGAAGGCGACACAGCACUGCACAUAGCAGCACGGCACGGCUUAGCGGAGCACGUCCGGCUGCUCCUGCGCCGCGGGGCAGAGCUGGAGGCAGAGAACCAGGAGGGGCAGACGCCGCUGAACGCUGCCUGCGCUCAGCCCCAUCAGCCCCAGGACAUGGACCGUUACUACCAGGUCUGCCAGCUGCUGGUGGAGAGCGGCGCCAGCAUCAAUGCUGCAGACAAGGACCGUCAGCACCCGCUCCACCUGGCCUGCAAGAACUCCAAUGCUCGAGUCGUGGAGUUACUGCUGGCCCGGGGUGCAAAUGUGAACGUCAUGAACUACAGUGGAAGCAUGGCUCUGCACAAUGUCCUGCAAACAGCACCCUACAAGCUGGAGCACCGUCCAGAGCUCGUGGUGCAAGCCUUGCUCAACUACGGCGCUGUCCGCGUCUGGCCUGGCUCCCUCCUCAAGGUGCUGCGGUACUGCCAUACCUGCCCACGAGUCAUCGAGGCCCUGAUGAACAGCUACAGCCACGUGCGUGUCUCUGAGGACUGGGUGGAAGCGGUGCCAGCCGAGGUUGUGCAGAAACACUCCCGUUUCUACCAGUCACUGUUCUCCCUGGAGCACAGACCUCGCUCUCUGCAGCACCUGGCUCGCUGCACACUCAGGACCUUCCUGGAGGGCCGGUUGCUUCUGGUCCUUCCUCAGCUGCACCUGCCUAAGGCUUUGCACCAGUUCCUGCUGCUCAGCUUUGAGGAUGUUCUCUACUAAGGGCUGCAUUUCCAGUCCUCUUGUGCCCUUCUGUGCAGAUGUUCCAUCUCUGCUCCUGCAGUCUAUCUCUCCAGCUCCCGCUUUCCUCUUGCACACCUCCUGCCAGUCCACAUCAGCUUCCCAAGCCAAACCUGUCACCGUGUCCCUGCCCCAGCCAGCUUUGUGCUUGGCCUCCAACAUCUACGUUGGAGCACUCCAUUUACCUACACCAGUCAGGACAAAGUCCAGAAAGCAAGAUGUGGGGAUUAGGACAUUUUGUGGGAUACAAAGCAAACACACUCCUCUGGAUUACAGGCUUAGCGGUAGGAUAUGAAUCUUCCUAUCCAAAAUCUACGAAGUGUAACCUGAACCAAGCAUCUAGGGUGCUCUGAGCAUUGUUGGGAUCCUGUCUUUAGUCAAGUUGUUUACAGUUUGUGCCCAAAGGUGUUUGGAAUAAACCCAGGUCUUUCUUUAUACCUGCCAGAGUACAGCUUCUGCCUUGCCUUGAAGACAGUCAUGACAGUAGUGACUGUGGUCUCAGACCUAUCCAUUCAUCUGCUGCUCAGGGGACACAGGGAAACAUCUGCUGGGUGUAGGACAGAGGUCUCCCAAAGAAACACUCCUCACACAGGUACAGUGCCUGAGGAUAGGUGGACCUGCAGGCUGAGGCAGAGCAGCCAGUCCUGAGGACUUUGACAUGGAAUCACGUCCCAAUAACUCCAGUGCACUGGGCACAAAGCAGCCAGCAUUUACCAGAGCACAGUGCAGGGCCAUGGGCUGCUGGACUACACCACACUAGCCAAGGGAAAGACAAAUGUGAGGUCCUGUGAUUUCAAGGCAUAGUUAUAAAGAAAUCCAAGCACUUACCACCCUUCAAAGACUUGCUGUAAGUUAACUCCACUGCUGCUUGUGACUCAGUGCCUGAACUGCUGCUGGCUGGCAGAAGGUGCAUGAGGGCAGCACUGCAGGUCACUCCUCUUAGUGCACUGGUCUCUCAAGGCCUCAGUAUCCACAUCAGCAACCAAACCCUGGAAUGCACAGACCUGAAAGGAGAGAAGUUUAACAGAUCCAGUGCUUCUGUCUCGUUCUGCCUGUCUGGGGACACAGGGUGUAGCUCUGCUCCUUCAGUUCUCACCAGUGUAGGCAGCUGUACCAGGCAGCAAGGCUGGAAUGACAAGGUGAGGUUCCAGGUGCCAUUCUUAAAGCCCUCACAGCAGUGAUGCACCACAGCAAAUGCUGGGAGGGUACAGCAGGAAUGUGGUUGCAGCCUUACCAGAGGUGGCAGGAUGCCUGCUGUGGCAGCCAGUGCAUGUAAGUGCUGCUGCAGCAUAGAGGUAGGUGGUUUGCCUCAGAAAGGUUCAGCAAUGUGCUCUGUAACAUCCCUGGGCAGAGAGGUGAGGAGUUGGCUCCAGGUGACCUACCAAGAGUACCUGCCAAAGAGGGAAGAAGUAAGCAGGGAAUUCAAAGCUUUUAAAGCAGCUGGGAUAAAACCUGUGCUUUGGCCAUGGAUCAGUAGUACAGCUCCCUUGAACCAGCACAGGAACCUGGCCUGAAGUCCUCACCUUCCUGCUGGCUGAGCUAGGUGGUCUUCACAGGGGGAUCUGCUUAUAGUGUUCUGAUUACCACUUCAGAGUGUUCAUUUUCAGCCAGAUCAUGUCUGUAACUAGAGAAGGAUCAGCGAAAAUAGGGCCUGUCCCUUUUGGUGGCACAGUCUGGAACUGCCUUAGCCUGGCUGGAUCUUUCUGGUGGGAAGGCAGUUUGCAGAGCAGUUUGUGUGGAGUUGCUUUACUGAUUCUCUUGUACUUCAGCCACGUGGACGGUCGUGGAACUGAAAUUCAGUCAAGUGUGCUCAGCUGCUAGGUCCUUAAGGAGAGGGAAGGGUGGAGCUGGAUGUUUUACUUCAUUUUGUAACUGUUUUGUGUAGUCCUCAGACUGAAACCACCCCUCAGGUCUGGCUGAUUGAUUUGCUGCUUCUGAAGAUCUGCAUUUGCACGAUGAGGGCAGCUUGGGUAGGUGGAGGUGAGCCUACAAUGUUUUGUUCCUGCAAACCUAGGAGCAUGUGGGGCCACUGCACACAUGGGCAUCAAGAUCUUGGCACUGCCAGUUCUUCUUUGGGCACCAGCCAUGAUGAAAGACCCAUGCAGGGACUGCAGGGGCAUUGCCAAGGUUACUCCUUGAGCUACCAGGAUCCCAGUGAGAGCAGGAGGGCUGAGGUCAGGCUGAAAGGGGCAAAGCCAUCCCUGGGCACACAUUAUCACAGACUAGAUUUCGUCUGUACUCCUGCUGGCAUUGUAGGGCAGGAUUUCAUCGUGUGUGUAAGGGUAGCACUGAGGAACAUGAGGCUAGCAGGAGAAGGAGAACCCCUUUUACAGCUUGACUGAUUUAGCUGAAGAAAUGGAGCAAAAAAAGUCCCUUUCAGAGCUGGAUCAGAAGAGUUCAUGCUGUAUGUUGAACUAACUGCUCUGUGGCUUCUUGAACAUUCACAUGAACAUGUUCAGAGGCUGACAAGACAUUGAGUUGCUUUUUUUUCCUCUUCCCCAGUUAUGUUAAGUUCCCCAGUGUGCCAUGAUUUGUUAUAGAGAAAAAAACUCAAUGGUUCAGUGAACUCAUUAGCCAAUUAAAUACUCUUGGAUGUAAGUUAUCCUCCUGCAGAUGAUAAAAAUUGUUGCUUAAAUAGUUUCUCUUUAGCGUCUUCCUUAAUUACUGAUGGAAUCGAAAGUGGUUUGUUACCACUGCAAAAUACAAGCAUUAGCCAUUGUGUCAAACCCAGAGCAGAAAUGGUUGGAGGGUUCUUGGGUUUUCUUU